AUGUAUAGUUUUCUUUCAAAUCUUUAUUCCCAAAUUGCCGUCUAUAUUAAUAAUAAAAAUAUUGGACAAAAAAUUCCAUCUCCAAACAUUUCCGUAUUUAAGAGUGAAUCUUUCGCCGGAAAUGAGUUAUCCGACGAAAUCGACCCGCCGGAUCCGACUUUCUACGACCACCCUAGUCAGCUCGGUUACUCAAUAGAGAGACGAAUGGAGGGUUGGGACCAGAAAGGAAGACAUGGCUGGAUCGGAGCAAGCAAGCGAAUACUUCUGGUCACCGGAUCACAGCCGUAGGCGUGCAAUCAAGUUGGCGAUCACCUUCUACCGAGACUUUUCAAGAACAAGGUACAGAUAUUCUUAUUACAACCUGAAAUGGGCUCUUAUUGGGCCAAACUUCCAAUAAUCCUGGCCGCAAUGUUGGCCCAUUCAUAAGUGGAAUGGAUCUGGUGGAUGGACUCUGACGCUGCGUUCACAGACAUGGACUUCAAGGUCCCAUUAGACUGAUACAAAGAGCACAACCUCGUGGUCCAAGGUUGGCUCAAUAUGGUUUAUUAGGACCGGCCUCAAUGCUAGAGUAUUCCUGAUAAGAAACUGUCGAUGGGCCAUGGACUUAAUGGAUUCAUGGGCCAAUAUGGGCCCCCGAUAAUCUGAGUACGAAAAAUGGGGCCCAAUAUUGAUAUCGACGUUUAAGGACAAGCAAUUUCCACUUCCGGACGAUCAGUCGGCUCUCAUUUAUUUGAUGAAGAAAUGGGGCGACAAGGUUUAUUUAGAAUGGGAGUAUUAUUUGGAGUCGCAUUGGAUUGGGGUGGUGGGGAGUUAAUGAUGAUAACAUUACACGUGGGUACUUGGAGAUGGAGAAUCGAGAGGUAGGGUUGAAGAGAGGACAUACGGGGGUUUGAGAGAACCGGAGAUCGAGAAAGCGGGGAUUAUUAGAAGUGGAGCCGGUCGGAGGUUUAUACUUUUGAGACAACAAGCAUGAAAAUCUAAGAGGCUUGAGCAGUGGAGUUAUACUAAUGUUUAACAACACGGGAGUUUUGAAUAGAACGACACUACUAAUCCAAAUCGUGGAGAGAAUUAUCAAAAAAUUGAAUGACUGUUUUAGAUAAUCAAAGACUCACUUUCAGCUUAGAGUGUGUUUGAAGAGGCUUUAUAUAGUGUUUAUA